ACCCAUUAAGAGUUAUAAAAUUAAAAUAAAACAAUCAAAAUUUUGUAUAUAAAAGUGAAAAUUUUCAAGUUCUUUAUCAGUAGUUACUUCAGCAAUCUUCGAACAACUUAACAAUGUCCAAAAUUUGCGCUAUUUUUAUGGUCCUGUUCUUGGCCCAAGCUGCCUUGGCUAAACCUUCCGAAUCUUCGGUUGAAAAGGAUUUAACACCUAAACAAGAACUUGCCGGUUAUAUUGGUAUUAGUCUUAUCGCUUUAAUACAAGACUAUUCGGAAAAAUGCAUUAAGGUUAGCCGUGAAAUCCUUAGGGAUGAGGACUUUUUGGCUCGUCAUGAACCCAUGAUUGUAGAAUUCAAACAAAAUUUAACCAAAUUUGUUAAUGCUUAUGAAGCCGCCGCUGAUGCUGAGAAAAAAUUCGAUAUCCUUGAUAUGUUCUCCAAUACUAGUGAUUUCUAUUAUGAAAUCCCUGAGGAUAAAUACACUCCCGAAUCUAAAUAUAUUGUAGAUGUUUUGAAUAAAUAUCACUAUCGUGAUAUUGAAAGUGAAAUGGAAAAGGAAUUCUCUCCGUUCGUCGAACAGGUUAUGAAAAUUUUCGAAGAAAACAAGAGCGCUUUGGAUAAGCCUACUUUGGCCUGGUUUGAAAAGUAUCAACAUAUGUCCGAUUUUGAGGAAAAACUUAAUGCUUUCUCUUCAUUGCUUGAGAUGCUUACCGAAAACGAAUAAUUGUGCAAAGUUUAGUUGAGCGAAUGUAAAAAGAAUUGUUGAAGGGAAUAAAUAAACAAUAAUUGCAAAAAAA